AAUGGAUAGUAUAACAAUCAUCAAAUUAUUGGCAAUUUCCUCAAUUAUCAAUUUGAAAGUAAAAAUCUCUAUUGGAUUUAAAGAAAAUUGCUUCACUUUGGAACUUUUUGAAAAAGUUCUAAUUAAUCAUAAAAUUGAAGAGCUGGAAAGUACCUAUGAAGAAUGUAGAUCAAAAUGUUUUGAAAUGGAAAACUGCAAAUCUAUAAACUAUGACUUUCCAGAUGGGAAAUGUUCAAUAAACUCUGGCGAUAGUUUAUCAUAUCCUAAUGAUUUAAUAGUUCAAUCUAAUUCAAAAUAUGUUGGACCAUCCCAUAAAUAUUGCAAAGAAUUUACAAAUCCAGUUUAUUGUUCAUAUUCAAGUGAGAAAAUUGCAGGUUCUAGUAAUACCUAUGAAACUAGAUGCAAUGAACGUGGAGGUUGUUGGAAAAAUAGUAAAUGUUUUUACGGCGAUACGUAUAUUCCUGGAUUUAUUAAAUACAAUAAAAUCCCAUCAACCGUUGACCAAUUAGCUUUGUACACUUUUAUUAGUUUGAAUGAUUGCGGAACGGCAUGCCUUUCGAAUAGUGAAUGUAAAUAUUUUGUGUAUAAUUUUGAUCAAGAAAAAUGCGAAAUGUCAAAAAGUUACCAAGCUCCCAGUGGAUUGGUUACAACUACUCAAAUGACAUAUUAUAAGCUAGCUACUAGUUCCGCAACAUGUUUCAACAGGGCUUGUGAUGAACUGGAAGAACAUUUGGCUGUAGAUGCCACUGCUUGUAAAGACAUAUGUAACGCUGAAAGUUGUAAAACUUUUACUUAUCUAGUCAACGACGCCGUUAAUCACUGUACUACUCAUACCACUGAAUUAUGCGAAGCUACUCCUAUUAAUACUCAAGAUAUUGUUGGAUAUUCUUGUAUUCUUCAACCAAUUUUUAAUGAUUUUACCACGAUAAACGAUCAAAAGACUAUCGAUAUUACCGACUCAGAUAUUGAUACAUGCGUUACUAUAACAACCGAAAAGCAAUUUUCUCUUAGAAUUCCGUGGCCAACUGUUGGAACAAACUCGACAGAUUUCGAAAUUCGUAUUAAAGGAACCAACUUGAAACAGUGCAUUAAUCCAAUAAAUAGCCUUUUGAAUUCUGGUGUUUUUGCCUACGUUCCCCACGAUUUACAAGUUAACCCCGAAUUUUUUGGCAUUUUUAAUACGUGUCACGUGACUACUGGAGAUGAUACGUAUUGUAAUUAUAUUUGCAGUUGUAAUUCUCAACAUUGCCAAGCUGUUUAUAUUAAGGGAUUUGGAUUAACUGAUGAAAAUAUGCAAAUAUGCGAAUACGAAAUACACAGAUUGUAG